ACCACAUGUUGCCUCAAUAGAGGCCAAGCUCCGAAACCAUAGCAGGCCACUCCACUUGUCAGCUUGCAAUGGAAGGUUUGUAAAUAAAUAAAAAUAAAAAUCUAAACUAAACUAAACUAAACUAAACUAAACUAAAAACAUUUAUGUCUACAUGUUCCAAUGCCCACGUUCCUGCCACAGCCCAUUGCAAAUUAAUACAAUACCAACAAAAUUUUGUACGUACAUUCAGAAUGGUUGGUAUGAGUUUGUCAUUUCAGGAAUAAUAUAUUAACCAGGCUGCAUGUUUUUCCUCCGUUGAAAUGCUCAUCAUUAUCUUUUACGUAAAAGAGGUGGCCGAUGCAAAGAGAUGCUGAUGGUAGAUGUACAUGCACUUAGCAUUGAGUGAUUGCAGGGAAAUAUGGGUCGUAGAAUCAUCAACGCUUCCUCCAAAUACGACUUUGUCAAGGUGAAGGUGUGGUUGGGUGAUGAUGCCGAGCACUACUACGUUUUUUCCAGGUUUUUGCUCAGCCGAAUGUUAACCGUCACUAAGAUCCCAAAUCAAGCAGCUGUCAAAAUCGCGCUUGAGCUCAAGAAGCUGCUCGUAGACAACAGCCUUCUAGAUGUCUCGCAGUCUGAUUUGGAAGCUAAUAUGUUUAAGCUUAUGGAGCAAAGGGGUUAUGGGGAAGAGUACGUAAAUCGUUACAAGAUGAUGACUAGAUUUCACCAUCAAAGAGUGCCACUAAUUAUUCUUUUAUGUGGAACUGCCUGCGUCGGAAAGUCCACCAUAGCUACCCAAAUUUCACAAAGGCUGAAUUUGCCUAAUGUCAUGCAGACAGAUGUAGUAUAUGAAUUGCUGCGCACAUCCACAGAUGCACCAUUGGCGUCUACUCCUGUGUGGGCACGAGACUUCAGCUCCUCCGAAGAGUUGAUUACUGAAUUUUGUCGGGAAUGCAGGAUUGUUCGUAAAGGAUUGGCUGGUGAUUUGAAGAAAGCACUCAAGGAUGGAAAACCAAUAAUAAUAGAGGGAAUGCAUUUGGAUCCAAACAUUUAUUUAAUGGAUUAUGAAAAUAAACCAUCAGCUCCUGUGGAAGAGAAAACUCUGGAGGCAAAUGAGUGUGCCAGCACGGAAGAAGGGACAACAGCUAACAAGGUUAACAAAGUUUCAGACUACCUGGAAGCCAUUGGCCUAGCAGGAAGUGUUUCUGAGAUUAAAAACGGUGCAAGUCCUAAAGGUCCAGAGGAGCUUAAACGUACUUCUGUUGAGAAAGAGAAGUCUGGACCUGGACCAAUAAUUAUACCUCUAGUUCUGAAGAUGGCUGAAUUUGAUCAUAAUACGUUACUAGAGGAGUGGUUCUCAACUUAUACAUUUAGUGAUAAACUUCUAGGCCAGGGCAGAGAUAAGCUGAUAAGCAACUUAAACACCAUUCAGGACUAUCUUUGCUCAUUCAACUCCAAGGGCUCGACAGUUCUCAAUCUAUCAGCAACUACAUUCAACCCAACACUGGAUUGGCUGCAUGGCUAUCUUCUUGAGCAUAUCGAGCAAGGCAUUUCGCCGCUGUCCAAUGACAAUGUCAGGCGGCUUGUGGAAAAUUAGACUGCAUUCCAUUCAGAUGUUAGCCAGCUCAAAGCAGAAGUGGAGAAAAGAGCCGAUUUUGAAGGUUUCUCAUUCAAAGCAGCAAAUCGGUUUGGAGUUGGACAAUCAAGAUCAAAAUGUAUGCCAGAAAACAAAAUGGAGAAGAACAAAUCUUCAAAGGCAAUUUCAUAUCCAGCAUCUUGUAAUGCAACCAAACACUUGCCCAAAAUCCAGUUCUUCAAUUAUGCUUAUGAGAAGACCAAAUGGCAGGAUUUGGAUUUGGAGAAAAUAUGUAGCUACGAGUUUUUUAUUUUUUCUCUUUCAUGUUCUACCCUUAUUCUGCUCUUUAUUAUGUUAAUGGGAAGACCAAAUGGCAGGAUCAUGAUUUGGAGAAAACUGGUUGGCAUUCAAAAUCUAUUGGGUAAAUUCUACUUAAAAUUAGUCUUGGCACAAUUUGUAUU